AUGGUCAACCCUGACAAAUCUCAGUACUGGAUUUUCUUCUUUUCCUUGUUUGCUCCCCACAUUGGUCGUAAUGCUGAAGAAUAUCAUUUAUCCACUAUUCGCCGAGCACUCUUGCAAGAUCUUAAGCUGCAAAUAGAGACCAAAACUUUUGAUCAGGAACAAGUUUUGAGGGUGCCGCACCUAUGGCCCCAUUUCCAAGUCAAGAACGCUUUGCAAUACGCCACAGGAAACACAAUUAGUGUCAGUGUCAAACAGAAUAAAUUUCCGGCGCUUAAUUCCAUCCUCCAUCGCCCUUCGCGGCAGGAUAUGCGCCUCCUGAUUCGUCGAAGUGGCGCAGCAACUGCCCCCAACAAUAUGUCAACGUUUGCACCAACUCGCCCAACACGAGAAUUUUCCACAGGCGACCCAUCAAGGCUUGGGGACACCCGAAUCGGAACGAAAAUAAACUCCGGGCGGGAGAUUCCGCCUAUCUCUGUCAGUGAAAGAUUACUCGCCCCGCAAGUUUCGACGUUUCGGGAUGAGGUUAAAAUGGGUUAUAUUUUCGUCUCCGUAGAGCUUGGUGUGGAGGCCCUACCGGCGCUUCUAAUGCAUACUAGGUUCUUUUCGAGUGAUGAAGAAUAUAUAGUUAGUAUAAAGGAUGCCAGUCUUCCUGAUAUUGAUCCCAAGCCAUCUUCAGCAUCUGGUAGGCUUAGAGCCGCUCCACUCAAUACAGCUUUUGGCUACCCCUCUAAGUUUUGCUUCAAAAUUCUCCCCGCUGCUCUCAAAAUGCCCCGCCAGAACCGCUACCACCCUUACACCCGCCAGGGCACCGCGCCGCGCACUCUACCUAACCCUUCUCCCCGAAUUCCCCCACCAACGCUCCCCCUCCCCAAAGUCCUUCCUCCCAUCUCCGAGCAGCCAACCAUCACAACUUACGAUCAAACCCUAAACCAAUACCCAACCAGCCCAUACUAUACCGUUCAUCCAAGCUACAUCCGAGGCAUAACCGGCGACGGUAAACCACUCGUAGCACGCUCUAUCAUGCGAGGCCCAGACGGCACCUUCCAUCUCCAAAUGGAAAUGGUCAGCUGUCCUGGAAAAUCACAGCCGAUGCGGGAAAAACUUCAACUUCCGAGCUUCAAUUUCCCGACUUAUGAUGCGGGGGUAACGAUGCGAGAGCAUGUAACUACGCGAGAUAUGGAUGGGAUUAAAGUUGAGGAGGUUAGGUUGGUGCGAGGUAGGGUGGGGGAAGGGUCACAAUAUUCGAGGUCUGAGGGAGAGUAUAGUGAGGACACACUAGGGGCCGAGCGCGAUGAACGGAGAGACUCAAACGAGCUUGAUGCACAAAGACGCCGAGUUUUCCGAGUAGCGAUAACGAUGGCAGCAUCUGGGUCUUUAGCUGCGGCUGUUUCGGGUUUGUAUGGGUGGCUGGCAUUGAUUUUUGAGUUGCGUUGUUGGUCCUUUGCUCUUUCGGCCUUUAUCAUGCUUCGUCAUUCGCCGCUUAGUACACUGUAUUGCGCCUUAUUUACCGAACUUGGAGCACCCGGACAUGACACGAGGUUAUUUCGGCACAGAAUUUGCAUCAUUUUGACGCCGCUUCUGGUGAAACUUUUGGUAGCCGCAGAGAUGAGGAAAUGGCUUUCCAACACAACAAGCUCAACAGCGAGCUAA